CAUUCCAAAAACAGAGCACGGAUGCUUCCAGAAGGCACUCAAGCUUUCCCAUUUAUGUUCAUUCUUGAUUUUUCUUUACAACUCUGAAUUGUUCCUUAUCCAAUUGCUUUCAUGCUCGACUGCUCGUGCAUAUCAUUUCUUCCUCAGCUCAAUAAAAUUUCUCUCUGAGAAUCAAAAGAAGAAAAAUGGCAGCUUACCGAUGGAAGAGUUUCUUUGAAGACGAGGAUCGUCCGGAGAAGCCCAGGAGCUUCGGCGUCACCGAGAUGAGAGGACCUCAUUAUACCCUUUUCUCCCAGAAUCUUCUUCAGGAAGUGUUCGAUUCUAUGGGACAGUUUGUUGAUGGGUUGAAAUUUUCCGGAGGUUCUCACAGCUUGAUGCCCAAAAGCUACAUUGAGGAAGUAAUUAAAAUGGCACAUAAGCAUAAUGUGUAUGUUAGCACUGGUGGCUGGGCCGAGCACUUACUUCGUAAAGGCCCUUCUGCUUUUAAAGACUAUAUUGAGGAAUGUAAGAAAUUGGGGUUCGACACUAUUGAGAUAGAUGCCAGUUUGCUCGGUAUCCCUGAGGAUGUUCUGUUGAGAUAUGUGAGGCUGGUUAAGAAUAGGGGUCUUAGAGCUAAGCCUUUAUUUGCUGUCAAAUUCAAUAAAUCAGAUAUACCAGUGAAAAGUGAUCGAGUGUUUGGAUCUUACGUGGUCCCAAAACCCCGGUCUUCAGAGCUUGUUGAGGAUGUUGAUCUUCUGAUUAGAAGAGCUGAGAGAUGCCUCGAAGCUGGAGCAGACAUGAUAAUGAUUGAUGCUGACGAUGUCUGUAGGCAAGCCGACUCUAUGAGGGCCGAUAUUAUAGCCAAAGUCGUGGGUCGUUUAGGUCUCGAGAAGACAAUGUUUGAGGCAUCAAAUCCAAAAACUUCCGAGUGGUUCAUCAAACAAUAUGGUCCUAGGGUAAAUCUCUUUGUGGAUCAUUCUCAUGUGAUGGAUUUGGAGUGUCUCCGUGGGAGUAACCUGGGUAAAGAUCAUUCGUCUGUUCUUGGUUCGUCGUAUUUUCUCUUUUAAGCUUAUGUGGUGUUAAAAGAGGGAUAUAAGUUCCCAGCUGGAAAAUAAUAAAAAUUUGGUGAACUUUAAUAUUUCUUUUAAUCAAUUUGUAUCGUGUUGAAUGUGUGUUGGGAGUAUGGUUGACUGGGUUGUAUAUACAUCCUGCAGUUUGUAUGCAUGUUGUGUACGAAGAUAAUGUGUUCAUAACUUCAUAUCAGCCUAUAAUCUGUUUCCCACUGUUUUUUUUUAAUAUAUUAACUUUUGGUGUCAA